UUGUGGAUACAUCAGAUUACCCUUAUGGCUUGGUUAGCUCUUUGUUCAGGGUUGUAUGAGAAAGAUUAGAUCUUUCCUUAUAAAUUACUAGACUUUCACCAUCAUUUUCGCUUUAUUGGCAUUUAAAUAGCCAAUAUGUUAGUUGGUCAUCUGUACAUUUAUUGGCGGGAAAGGAAACCUAUCCAACGACACGACUGCUCAUAAAAAUAGUCCUCUCUUUAUCUGCUACUCAGAUACCUUGAAAAGUGCAGGUUUUACAAUGGAGAAGCAGCAGUAACCUGCCCCCAACUGGAUCUCGGAUUCGAAAAUGGAGCAGGGGUCAAAUUCGAGCAAAAAGAAGAGGGUUUCUUUCUUUGGUUUAUUUGCAGCUGCUGAUAAAAUUGACUAUGUCUUGAUGUUCUUUGGAAGUGUUGGAGCUUGCAUCCAUGGAGCUGCACUUCCUGUGUUCUUUAUUCUGUUUGGUCAUAUGAUCGAUUCUUUGGGACAGCUAUCUUUCAAUCCUCAUAUGUUGGAAUCACAGGUUUCAAAGUAUGCAUUGUACCUGGUUUAUCUUGGGGUUGCUGUCUUGGCAUCAUCUUGGAUAGGUGUUGCCUUCUGGAUGCAAACCGGGGAGAGGCAGACCGCGCGCCUACGUCUAAUGUAUCUUCAAUCUGUUUUAACAAAGGAUAUAAGCUUUUUUGACACAGAAGCAAUGGACUCCAAUAUCAUUUUUCACAUUUCAAGUGAUGCAAUACUAGUGCAAGACGCCAUAGGCGACAAGACAGGUCAUGCCUUGCGUUAUCUUUCUCAAUUCAUUGCUGGUUUUGCUAUUGGAUUCACGUCGGUGUGGCAGCUUACGCUUGUCACCUUGGCUACGGCUCCACUGCUGGCAAUUGCAGGUGGAUUUUAUGCUGUAACUAUGUCUACCUUAUCAAAAAAGGCUGAGGCUGCUUAUGCUGAAGCUGGGAAAAUAGCCGAGGAGGUUAUUUCUCAGAUAAGGACUGUAUACUCCUUUGUAGGAGAAAACCAAGCCGUUGAAGCAUACUCUAAGUCUCUUAAGAAAGCUCUUACAUUGGGGAAGAAGAGUGGAUUUGCAAAAGGGAUUGGUGUAGGCUUUACAUAUGCACUGUUGUUCUGUAACUGGUCAUUGCUUCUCUGGUAUUCCAGCAUACUUGUCAAGCAUGGACGCACGAAUGGAGGGAAAGCAUUCGCCACCAUCAUCAACAUCGUAUUUAGUGGAUUUGGUCUUGGUCAAGCUGCUCAUAACCUUGGAGCCAUUUCUCAAGGCCGCGCUGCUGCUGCCAAUAUCAAGAACAUGAUUGAAAUGGAUUCCGACAAUUCUAAGAGGUCGAAUGAAGGAAUCGUGUUGCCAAAAGUAAUCGGACAACUUGAAUUUUGCGAGGUCUGUUUUGCAUAUCCGUCAAGACCUCAUACUGUCCUUCAGAAUCUGAGCUUCUCAAUAAGUGCUGGGAAGACCUUUGCUGUUGUUGGUCCAAGUGGUUCAGGAAAGAGCACCAUUAUAUCCAUGAUUCAACGUUUUUACGACCCUACUUCAGGCAAAGUACUAUUGGAUGGAAAUGAUCUCAAGAAUCUCAAGUUAAAAUGGUUGAGAGAACAGAUGGGAUUGGUGAGUCAAGAACCAGCAUUGUUUGCCACUACUAUAGCUGGUAAUAUCCAGCUUGGUAAAGGAGAUGCAGACAUGGAUCAAAUCGUUCAAGCGGCUAGAGCCGCCAAUGCACAUUCUUUUAUAGAAGGAUUGCCUGAUGGUUAUCAUACUCAGGUUGGAGAGGGGGGAACUCAGCUUUCUGGGGGGCAAAGACAAAGAAUUGCCAUUGCAAGAGCAGUGAUGAGAAACCCAAGAAUAUUGCUUCUAGACGAGGCUACGAGUGCUCUUGAUGCAGAAUCAGAAGUCAUUGUUCAGAAAGCACUGGGUAAAAUAAUGUCAAACCGAACUACAGUUGUCGUUGCACACCGAUUGUCCACCAUUAGAGAUGUUGAUACAAUCAUUGUCUUAAAGGAUGGCCAAGUUAUUGAAAGUGGUGGCCAUUCGGAAUUAAUAUCCAAGGGAGGAGAGUAUGCUAACCUUGUGAGCUUGCAAGUGACUGAUCUCAGUACAGAUUCAAGCUCAAUAUGCAAUUCUGAAGCUGGUGAGAGAGAUAGUUUUCAAGAACCUCCAAGCAGUCAAAAUCACCAGCCGGAAUUCAAGGUAACGACGACAAGCACUGCUCCUGGUGGAUCAAUUUGGAAACUAUUAAAACUAAAUGCACCAGAGUGGCCUUAUGCGGCUCUUGGGUCAGUUGGAGCAGUCUUGUCUGGAAUGGAAACUCCCAUCUUUGCACUGGCAGUAUCACAUGUCUUGGAUGCAUUUUAUUCUCAUGACGGUUCUCAGAUCGAAAAAGAUGUCCGGUUGGUCUCUCUUGUUUUUCUAGGAGUGGGGGUUGUUACCAUUCCAAUAUAUCUACUGCAACACUACUUUUACACACUGAUGGGCGAGCGGCUCACAACUCGCGUUCGUUUGCUGAUGUUCUCAGCUAUCCUUUCCAACGAAAUCGGCUGGUUUGAUUUGGAUGAGAAUAGUACAGGCUCACUAACAUCAGUGUUAGCUGCUAAUGCUACCUUAGUAAGAAGUGCUCUUGCUGAUCGCUUGUCAACAAUUGUUCAGAAUGUAUCCCUCACUGUCACAGCGUUCGUUAUCGCCUUUAUGUUAAGUUGGCGCUUAGCGUCUGUUAUCGUUGCUUCUGUGCCUCUAAUUAUUGGAUCUACCGUAGCUGAGCAACUAUUUCUCAAGGGAUUUGGAGGAGAUUAUAGCUGUACGUAUUCUAGGACAACUGCUUUGGCUCGCGAAGCGUUUAUAAAUAUUCGCACUGUUGCUGCAUUUGGCAUUGAAGACCAGAUUUCCAGACAGUUUGCCUCUGAACUUAAUCGACCGAACAAACAGGCACUUUUACGCGGUCACAUCUCGGGUUUUGGCUAUGGUUUAUCUCAGCUUUUGGCUUACUGUUCCUAUGCACUUGCCCUUUGGUAUGCAUCAAUACUUAUCAAGCACAAGGACUCCAGCUUCGGAGACGCAAUGAAGGCCUUCAUGGUUCUGAUCAUCACAGCAUUUUCGGUAGCAGAAACACUUGCUCUUGCACCGGACAUCAUGAAGGGUUCAGAAGCUCUUGGAUCAGUUUUCAGUAUAAUCAACAGGAAAACCACCAUCGAGCCUAACAAUGCAGCAUCAAAGGUGGCAACAAAUAUCGAAGGACGCAUAGAAUUCAAUAAUGUGAGUUUCAAGUACCCUGCAAGGCCUGAUAUUACAGUUUUCCGGGACUUAAACCUGAACGUUCCUGCCGGAAAAAGUCUAGCUGUCGUGGGCCAAAGUGGAUCCGGAAAGAGUACUGUAAUUGCACUGAUCCUUAGAUUUUACGAUCCUAUUUCCGGUUCAGUCUUGAUUGAUGGCUGUGAUAUAAAAACCUUGAACUCGAGAUCACUAAGACUAAAGAUUGGCCUUGUUCAGCAAGAACCAGCAUUGUUCUCCACAACCAUUCUUGAAAACAUCAAGUAUGGAACUGAAGGGGCAUCAGAGAUAGAGGUAAUGAAGGCAGCAAAAGCAGCAAAUGCUCAUGGAUUCAUUAGCACAAUGCCUGAUGGAUACCAGACUCAUGUCGGGGACCGGGGAGUGCAGUUAUCAGGAGGACAAAAACAAAGAGUGGCAAUUGCCAGAGCCAUAAUGAAAAACCCUUCAAUCCUUCUCCUGGAUGAAGCUACUAGUGCAUUGGAUACCCUAUCAGAAAAGCUGGUCCAAGAGGCUCUGAAUCAGCUCAUGGAAGGCCGAACGACAGUUUUGGUCGCGCACCGGUUGUCCACUGUGAGAGAUGCAGAUAGUAUUGCUGUGCUAAAACAUGGGAGGGUAGCUGAAAUUGGCAGUCAUAGGGAGCUUACUGCAAAACCAGGUGGUCUUUAUAAGCAUUUAGUCAGUCUACAACAGGAAAAGAACAUGAACGAAGAUCAGUAGCAGGGAAGUUUCUACCAUUGAAAGAUUAAAAAUCACAGGAAAUGCAUUUUAGUGGGAACCCCAAGGAAAGUAAGAAGAUAAUGCAAGUUGAAGGACUGACUACUGAGCAAGUAAAAAGCCAUCAGCAUAUCAUCUGAUUAUCAGCCUCUUGAUACGGGGCGUUCGGCUUGCCAAACAGCUCCGCUACCAGUGUCAUCUUGAUGCUCCUGAAGAAAACUAUAGGGGAUAAGUGAUUUACCAAGUUAAGUAGAUGUGUUCAAAAUGAAGAUUGUUAUAUGAAUAUAAGGACUUGAAUGGUAAGUAAAACUUGCUGAUAUAUACUAUAUUUACGUAGUGGGAUUUUAACA